GAGCUGCACUAUUGUGGACUUUGAACGAUUUUCCAGCAUUAGCUUACCUCUAUGGGUGGAGCACGAGCGGUAAAUAUGCUUGCCCGUCUUGUGGUCCUUUCACAAGAUCAUAUUGGCUAAAGAAGAGUAAGAAAUUUUGUUAUAUGGGUCAUCGCCGAUGGCUACCACAGAAUCAUGUAUUUCGGAGAUGAAAGAAGGAGUUUGAUAACACCGAAGAGAUGGAACUUGCACCUAUAACAAUGAGUGGUAGCUCAGCUUUGAGAAUGUUGCAGGGCAGAGUGUUUGUCUUAGGAAAAAAGGUUAUUGUGGCAAAGAAAGGGAAAGGGAAAAAGAAGGGCAAAGACAGUGAAAAAGGAACUGAAGGUCCUGAAAAACAGAAGCGUAAAAGAGCGCCUAACAAGAAAUCAGGUAACGUCGCACGUAAACCUGAAAAGAAGCCUGAGGAUUGUUUCAAAAAGAAGUCGAUAUUCUUUGAUUUGGAAUACUGGGAGCACAACAAGUUAAGGCACAAUCUAGAUGUAAUGCAUAUUGAGAAAAAUGUCUUUGAAAAUUUAAUUGGAACCUUACUGGAUAUUGAUUCUAAAACAAAGGAUGGCCUUAAUGCACGACUUGACUUAGGUGAAAUUGGAAUUCGAUCUAGCCUUCAACCUCAUGAAGGUGAUAAGGGUAAAACUGAAUUGCCGCAUGCACCUUUUAAUAUGUAUAAAGAAAAGAAGGAGAUUCUUUGUACAGUGGUUAAGAAUUGUAGGACACCUGAUGGUUGUGCAUCAAACUUUUCGAGGUGUGUGAACAUGAAAGAAUUGACAUUGACUGGCCUCAAAAGCCAGGACUGCCAUGUUAUUCUACAAGACAUCCUUCCUGUGGCACUUUUACACUGCUAUCCAGUAAAGAUGUCAUGAUAAUAGUUGUUGAGCUGGCUAAUUUCUUCAAGAAUCUAUGCUCCAAAGUGUUAGAUGUCUCUGAGCUUGACAAACUGCAAGAGAGUAUUGUGAAGACACUUUGUAAUAUGGAAAAGGUUUUUCUUCCAUCGUUUUUUACUGUCAUGGUACAUUUAAUGGUGCAUUUAGUUGAAGAAGCUAAACUUGGUGGCCCGGUGCAUUACAGGUGGAUGUACCAUCUAGAGAGAUCAUUUGUUUGGCUAAAGUCACUUGUGCGCAAUAGAGCUUAUCCUGAAGGUUCUAUUGCUGAAGGAUAUACUGUUGAAGAAUGCUUGAUCUUUUGUUCAAGAUUUCUAGAAGGAACCACACGUUUCACAAGAACAUCUAGGAGCCCUGAUCCUUCAGAUAAUACAAAGGGCAUGUACAUGUUUGAUAGUGUUGGUGAGCCAAUUGGAAAGGCUGUCACUAUAGGCCAGUUGGACGAUCAGCUUCUAGUUCAAGCACAUCGAUUUAUCUUGCGACACUCUGAUGAGCUUGAUGAUCU